AAGUGCGCUUCUCCUGAACAGGCAGAGGUGCGUCCAGUCCUCUUGGCAUUUAGUGGACUUUUUAGUUUGUGGCUCCAGAAACCAACCAAGCUGCGCGGUGCAGAGUCAGCACUCGGUACAGAGUUUGACAGGCUGGGAGCCUCUUAAUGCGCGCAUGUUUUUAUUCUUCCUUCUGAGCUGAAAUCAAAGUUUGGAAUUACCGUCGUUUUUUUUUUUAAAGUGAGUGCGCUUUCACUGACUGCAUGAAAUAGCUGUGGACAUUUGGAGCUCUCAGAAGAGACCAUUUUGCCAUUUAAUAUGACCGCCGAGGCGCAUUCACAUUUGGGACUGCAGAAACCCCCCAUGGAUUUCGUCAGCGACUUCGACUUAAUGAAGUUCGGUGUCAAGAAGGAGGCGAUGCAGGGGAUAGACCGCUCCUUCAUCGGGCCGUGCAGCCAGCUCCAGAGACCAGAUUCUGUCUCUUCCACCCCUGGCAGCACACCUUGCAACUCGGUACCCUCAUCACCAAACCUCAAUCCAAAUGAGCAGAGAAAUAACUCCGGGGGCGACCCGUUCUGGAUACCCAACAACGGGGGUUACCCCCAGCAAAUGUACCCUCAAGCUUUUGGCCUGACACCCGAGGACGCAGUGGAGGCCCUCAUCAGCGCCACGGCGCAGCAGGGACACCCCUCUGCGCCCCACAGCCACCACCCGCCACCUUUCCAAGCUGAUUACGAAGGGUACGGCCACCUGAACGAACCUGUCCAGCACUACCCGGGACUGCACCCGGACAUGCAAGGCAUAUCCAGCAGCCACUGCCAAGACCCCUAUCUCAAAGAUGACAUGGGGAGCGCGUCCCCCGAGUCGCCGGAGGCCCAGCAGGUCCUCGGUGGGCACCAUCACCUCCAGCAGCAGCACAGCCGUCACGACAGACGAUCCAACGCCGACAUCCACUUCUCAGACGACCAGCUGGUUUCCAUGUCCGUCAGGGAGCUCAACCGGCUUCUCAGAGGCCUCAGCAAGGACGAAGUGAUGCGUCUGAAGCAGAAGCGCCGGACCCUGAAAAACAGAGGUUACGCACAGUCCUGCCGCUACAAGCGCGUCCAGCAAAAACACAUUUUGGAGCACGAAAAGACCAGCCUGGCGUCGCAGGUCGAGCAGCUCAAGCAUGAACUCAACAGACUGAUCCGGGAGAGGGAUGCAUACAAACUUAAAUGUGAGAAACUGUCCGGUGCUAACUGCUACCACGAAACUGGGUCUACUAGUGACAACCCUUCCUCACCCGAGUAUUUAAUGUGAGUUUGUUAAUUUCCUGCAGAACUGAUUAUUUUCCAUAGGGAGGCAUUUACUGUAUGUUGACAGCUCGCCUUGCUCCUUAAUAAACAAUCCCGUGGAUUCAUCAAGUCUUAAUUAAUGUUGGACAUAAGGAUAUCACUGAAAUAAUUGUAAUACAUAACAACAAGGCAACAAGUUAUGAAUGGAAAAUGACUAUGAAGCAUGCAUGCAGGACAUGUAUGAGAUGUUUUUAUUUUAUACAGGCAUAUCUGUAUUUUGUCUGAGAGGAGAUACUUGAAAUCAAAGAAUAUUCCCUUUUAUUAAUAUACAACUUUAAUCCUUCUGCUUCAGUUACUGCUCAAAUUUUUUUAUUUUGAUGAUUUUGCUUUGCUUAGUUUUUGUAGCUCAGAUUACAUUUUGUGUUCAGCUUCCUUAAAAUAGAAGACAUAUGGAAAAGAUUGAAGCUAGAAAUGACGUUCAUAUUAUUUUUAUGAAACUGAUUCUGCUGGACAGAUGUGUUCCUUAUUUGCCUUUCUUUAAAUAUAAUAUACAAUUAUGCAAAUUGUUUUUCAUCUACUAUGUUUUUCAUUUACUAUGGAUCAAUAAACUUAUUGUGACUUUUUAAAA